CAAUAUAUGGAGGGAAAACAACAUUUGACUGCAAAACAUUAAACACAACAUUCGGGGAUGGAGUGAGAGGAACCAGUGAAUCUUUUGGGGUGAAUCGAAUAAGUUGAAAAUGGGCAUCACUGGAUUGUUGCCGUUUUUGGCUAAAGCCACCGAGGACACCAAUAUAUCUAGAUUUAGAGGUGGAACUGUGGCUGUUGACUCUUAUUGCUGGCUCCACAAAGGGGCCAAUGCUUGUGCUGAACAGCUUGUAAGAGGAGACGACACUGAUAUAUAUGUCAAUUAUUGUUUAAAGUAUGUGAAUAUGUUGGUGAAGAAUAACAUACACGUUAUUAUGGUAUUUGAUGGACACAACUUGCCAGCAAAAUCAGAAACUGAGGCUAAAAGAAGGCAACAAAGACGAACUGCCAAGCAAAGAACUGCCGAAUUGUUAAGAUUAGGCAAAGUAGAAGAGGCAAGAAAUAUUAUGAAGCAAGCCAUCGACAUAACUCCCAAAAUGGCCCACAAACUCAUACAAAAGUGUCGUGAAAUAAAAAAUGUGGAUUGCAUUGUAGCACCAUACGAAUCUGAUGCACAGUUAGCUUUUUUUAGUAUUAAUAACAUUGCAGACUGCAUCAUAACUGAAGACUCUGACCUCAUAUUGUUUGGUUGUAAGAAAGUGAUGUACAAAAUGGAUAUGAUUGGUAAUGGACAGCUAGUCCACUCUGAAAAAAUUAAUGAAGCAAUGAAACUAAGACCUGAUUUAUAUACAUUUGACAAGUUUCGUUAUAUGUGUAUUUUGUCAGGCUGUGAUUAUCUUAACUCACUUAGUGGCAUAGGACUUAAGAAAGCUUUAAAAUUUCUGGCCCUUACGGCAGAAACUGAUCCUUUAAAAUUUUUAGAUAAGGUGCCCAGAUAUUUAAAUAUGAGGCAUUUAGACGUGACUGAAGAAUACAAAGAACAAUUUAUGAUAGCAUAUGCAACAUUUAAACAUCAGACUGUAUUUGAUCCAUUUAAAAGGCAGUUGGUGUCACUCACAGAUCCAGCAGAAUGUGGUACAGAUCCUAAAUUUUGCAAAAAUGCAGGUGCCAAAUAUGACAAUGACAAGGCUUUAAAAAUAGCACUAGGUAAUUUACAUCCAUCAAAAGAUGAAGAAUUUGGAAACUGGUAUCCACCAGAAAGUCUCCUACCCUCAAGAAGUAUUUGGGCCAAAGUCCCACUUUCAAAAGUAGAGGCAAAACCAAAAGAUUUGGUUCAGUUUGGGACACCCAAAACUUAUAAACAAUCUGCGCCUGCUUUUGUAAAGAAAAAGGAAAAUACUAGUCCAGUUCUCGAAUUAGACGAUGAAUUAUCAAUUUACAAACAAAAAUCUCUCAUUAUUGUUCCUAAAAAAGAGGAUUCUGACGACGAAAAAACUCCUGAGGAAGAUACCCCCGAAAAAAGAAAAUCUUUGUCUCCCGUCAUUGGCAAGAAUCCAUUUUUGAAAAAGAAACUAAGCAAAUUUAAUACGACCCCAACUCCACCAGGAAAUGUCAUAACCAAAAGUAGAUAUUUUAACAAAGUGGACAACGACGAAAAUAAACCAUUCUCAGAAUCUCAAUCCUCCAUCGAAUCUACCAAAGACGAACCUCGCGAACCCGACUCUCAAAGUAGUCUUACUUCAAAAGUUUUAAAUUUGGACAUAGAAGAAACUCCUUCGAAGAAAAGAUCCAUUCACAACAUCUCAGAUAUAACAAACACAGAAUCUGAGACACCCACCAUUGACUUGACAGACUCCAAAGAUAUUGUAAAGUCACAGAAUCCUGAUACAAAAAGGAUUAAGUUGGGUCCGUGUAGAACAGUAGGACUAAAAAAGAAACCUCCUCCACCAGGCCAAAAGACACUCCAACAAUUCUUCACAAGUAUGCAACCAAAGAAGAAUUGAUAUUUAUUGUGAUAUUGUUGUUUUCAAAAUAUUGUUUGUUUUAUUACUGUUGUGAACAAAACGACAAAUGAUUUAAGUUAUGUUCGUAUCAUUCCUUUAUAUUAUAUAUUUAAUGAAUAAAAAUUUUGAUAAAACA